AUGUCGGCCGCGACGCAGCACUCCAUGGCGCGGCUGCGCACGAAGAUGCUCCGUGCCGCGAAAACAUUCCCCGACUACAACUUCCGCAAUUACUUUGUGCGCCACGUGAAGGACCAGUUUGCGGAGAUGGAGCGGUGGACCGUGGAGGAGCAGCGGCGCUUCCUGGCGCAGGAAGGCGCAAAUAAACUGUGCGAAAUGCGGCGCAUGGCGCUUGUCAAUCGAAUGUUCUCCACAAGUCCGGUGUUUCUUGAAAAACGUGCAGCUCCCCAUUGUACUGGUGCCGAACAGCAGACGAAAGAGAGGGAGUAA